AUGUCAUUCGCGAUAACGAAGAUUACGUCAGGAAAUAAUGUGGUCAUUGAAAAAGUGCAUUUCGAUAUGUUCGCUUCGAAGCUUUGCUGGAGCCUUGUGCUCCUCACCUGCGCCAUCGUUUGCUGGGCUCAAGAUUCUUCGGUUUACUCCGACAAGAUGGAAGAAAUAUCCGAUCUGGACACGAGCAAAUCGACGACGGACAACCAUGUUUCGAACAUGACCCUUAAAUCGUUGUUGGAGAUGAAGAUCCCCUCGAUGAUAGCCGCAGACUUGGAGUCCACUUUCGUACAAGGCGGAAAGGCUGUUAUAAAGGACAUCGACAAGGCGCUGAGGUCUUCGAGUGAUGGAAAAUCGGUGGUCACCUUGUUGUAUUUAACGUGCUCCAUCGUUUUUUAUUUGAUCUAAUUGAUAGAUAAAUAAAACGUUUAGAAUUGAA